AUGUCAGAACAAGAAGCCAUCGCUAGUCUCCGCUGGAAUAAUAAUGUAUCCGCGUCGAUCAUUACCCUAAUAUCCUACGAGUACCUUCUUCUGUUGGACAAAGAGGUUAAUUAUGUCUGGAAACGACCUUGGUCAUUAAUGUCAUGCCUGUACCUCGUUGUUCGAUACUUUGGUCUUUUCCUUGCAUUGCUGUGCGGCUUCUGGGGAGGACUGCUGUACAUCCCUGAAUCACCGUACGUCCCAACUAGUUCGUCUCAGAGCCAAGUCUUGACGGUCGUUGACCAUUUUUCUUUUAUAGCUGCAAGUUACGGUCUUGUCGUUCUAAUCGAAUGGGGAUUUUCAGUGUAUUUUGUCUUUGCGGAAGCCAUUCUCAUUUGGCGCCUUUAUGCCAUAUGCAACCAGUCCAAGCUCCUGCUUUAUGUUCUGGUGGGAUUGUUCUUGCCCAUUGUUGCCCUCUCGAUCGGCACAGACAUCUAUCUAUACAGUCGACGCAGCGUGUUCUCAGUGAUAGAAAUCAUAACUCCGGACGCCAAGUACUGCACCCUUUCCUUCAACAUUGGGCCUAUGCCCGCCAUCUAUACUUCCAUCCCCAUCGUGUGCUAUGAUAUCUUACUGGUUGUUCUUGCGGCUGCCAUCCUCGUGAGGCACCUAAAGGAACAGAGGGAUUUCCAAAUGAGGGCUAAUACCUAUAUGGUCUUGAUCGUCCGGUAUCAUAUCCUGUACUUUGCCCUGAACUUAACAAACCAGAUAUUGCUGGUGGUAUUAUGGGCUCGUAUUCCGACCCCGGCGAUGAGUCUCUCGGAGCUCUUCAACGAUACUGCGCCAUUUAUUCUUGCGCCCCGUCUCAUCAUCAGUAUUUGGGAUACGCAUGCCCAGGAAGACUGCGUACAUAUCAGUACGACGUUCGAGGAUUGUGCAUGUUGGACUUCGCCGCUGAGGUUCGAGCAGCACGAGAUGGACUCCGUGAUCGCUUAAUUCUGGCGAGAUGGUUCCUCAGCAUGAAGAAAGAAGUUAUCGGGGUAGAGUGAGGCGGCCGAGUUUAUGAAUGAAUAACUUACAAUAUUUUUCGGCACCUGAUACUAAUACUUUAAUCUGUUGAAACCGUAAUACAGACCGAAUCAUGUAACAUUAGUAGAGUGUUUGAGGAAAUUAUACAGUUCCCCAAAAUUGAUAAACGGGACACUUCAUGUGUCAUUCUAGCGUGCUGGUUCCUCAGCAUGAAAAAAGAAGUGAUCUGGGUCACCGUAGAGAGACAAUUUGUUGAAAUUGCAUUGUAGACCGAAUUAUAACAUCAGUAAAGAGUUGACCGGUAACCCGCUCAGUA